AAAAUUUCCACAUGUGUCUGAGUCAGUCUGACACUCGAAAUUUAUUUCAUAAAAGUAGAAAAUAAUAUCUCGCGAAAUCAGACUACCUCCUCAAGACCACGAACAUUAGACUUCAUUACGACAUAAAAAAAUUUCUAAAGAUAAUUUAAUUGUGACAAAUUGAUGACCAACUCUAUAGAUGAAAAAAAAGAUUGGCAGGAGAGUGGAGAGAAGGAAAUAAAAGAAAAUGACAAAUCAAAAGCAGAAAAAUAUAACCACUUAUCAGAAAAUAAAUAUCAAGAAAAUGUAACGAAAGUUUCGAAAAAUCAAAACAAUUGGAAUCAUUCAUGGGCAGCACCAAAUCAAAUUUAUUUGAAUGAUUUUUUCGCAAUUCGAGAUGUUGUUCCUGGACCAUUUACUUCCCCAAGACUGGUGAAGGUGACUCCCUUCGUGGGAAAUUCAAAUAAAGAAUUUAAAAAAGUAGACCGAAUUCGUCGAGGAAUUCCAGAUGCCUGGUCAGAAUAUUUGACUGUAAACGGAUUAAGCAGUGAGACUGAUAAAAGUAUUAUUAAAAAGGAAUUAACGUUGAGUUAUGAUAAUAUUAAAGUUACUGAUUUUGUCUGGAACGAACUUGGAUUGCCACUGACGCAGGGGAUUCCUGAUCCUUGGAAGCCAAUUCUAUCAGAAAAUGAAAGUGACGAAAGAACAGACAUUUGUUUGUGCAAUCCGACAAAGUUAAUAGCGCCAAAACUAGCACGAUGUCGGAUCCUUCGUGAAAUAAAUGCAAAAAAAGUGAAAAAUAAACCAUCCAAACGAGAGUGCUCUAAAUCUUCGAAAAAUUUUCCUGAACUAUGGAAAGAAAGGAAGAACAGCAAAUGUGAGGAAAAAAUAAAUAGAAGAUACGAUCAAAAUUUAAAUAAUUUUUUACCGAGAAGUAACAAUCAAAAUAAAAAUGAUGAAAUUUUGCAAGAGCCAAAUAAUGUUAUUCAGUGUGAUGUAAGUGGCAAAAUAACUCUUCACAACCAUCAAGGAAAAAGUUUCGACGGAACUGGAUCUUUUAAAUUUAAUUUUCGGCAAACUGGAAAUUUCGUUUCCCGAGGAAGACAGAAAGGAGAAAAUCAUCAAUAUUGGCCUGAAUUUGCCCAUAAUGUUUACAACAAAUUUACUCAAACCUUUGAGCCCAAAAAACAAUUAUCAAAAUUGAAAAAUAUUUUUCAUGCUAAAAGAAAUGAUAAAAUUGAAGAUUUUAAUAAAAAGGGAUUUAAAUUGAUUAGUUGCAAGUGCUCGUGUCCUUAUUUCAAAGUCUUGGGAGACGAGUUGUUGGCUGAUAAUUUAUUGGACAAAAUAACAAGAGAGGAUUCUAAAUCUUACGCAGGAGCAAAAAUCAAACAAAAACCUAACAAACUUCGCAGCAGUAUAAGCGAAUGUAAAACAAAUAAAAAUGAAAAGAAGCAUUAUUCAGACAAAAAAAUAAAAAAAGUUAAAUUGACGGCAAAAUUAUUUGAGGAGGAAAUUACAAAUAAUUUUGAAGAGGAAAAUCUGCAUGAUGAAAACCACUGCGGUUGUGAAAUCCGAAAUAUCGAAAACAGCAUUAGUAGUGGAAAUAAUGCUGAUGUUUCAGUCAUUUCAAGAGAAUCUCGAUUGGAAAAUAAGGGUACUUAUGAAAAAGAAAACUUGUGCAUCCCUUGUGAUAAAAGACUACCGAGAAAAAUUUCAGAAGAUAACGGCAGAAAUGACUUGACUUCUGAACUCAGUGAUAAUUUCCCCAGUCGGAAAACCCGUGGAAAGUAUUCUGGUCAAAAAAUAUUAAAACCUGAGCCGGCGCAAAGUUCGAAUACUGAACGAAAACAAAGAUCGGUUUCUUAUGCGUCCGAAGUCGAAAUUAUGGCUGAAGACAAAUUAAGAACUAUAAAGAAAAAACUGGAAAGGAGAAAAUUUUCGGAUAAAAGCGAACAAAUUGCGGGAAACCCCCUUCCAACGACGUGGACUAAGCGGUCCUAAGCAAUCCACACUAUUGAACCCCCACUCUCCUGUGUCGCGAGUGGUGCGCUGCCGCCAAAGCAAAGCCGCUAAAACAACGGUCAGAGAGACCAAGAAGAUAGAUCUCAGACUACAGUACCCAGCUCCCAUUUUUGGUGCGCCAACAGAGCCAUCUUCAGUUUUCGCUGAGAGUGAAAUUAAUCUAUUUCCCAUAGUAACCUCAACAUCAUUUUCAAAUAUCGUUUUGUUUAUUGUUAAUGAUAUACAUAUUGCUGAACAUUGUUCGUUUCUUUUAAACGUGCGCAAGUGUCAGUUUAAAGUUACGUAACAUAUAUCGAGUGACGCAAUUAUGUUGCAAGUAUAGAAUAAUUUUAUAACAUUGCUGUAUAGGUCAUCUUUGAAUUGCAAUUGUGAAUAGAAAAAUUUGCAGGUUUUUCUGCCGGUUUACUUAGCAUGUUUACUAAGUUUACUAAUAGCACUCAUAAUGUUCAUAAUCAAGGUCUUAUUUAACUUUAAUUUCAUUAAAAGCUAGAUGUCUACUAACCGGGAUAUUGCCGGGAAUUCAAAUAAAACAGGGAAUAUGAAUUGUAACCAGGAAUUGAAUG